AUGAUCCGCUCACCCCGCUCGUCGCGUGCCAUCGCGUUCGGGCUGAUGGUCUUCCUGAGCAUCGCAUGCUUCUCGCUCGUAUCACUUCAAACGCGUCAACCCGGUCUCACCAGCUUCCUUCCUGAUCUCCAGGCGGCACGUCAACGUGUCAUGGCGAAGGUGCCCGCCAUCUCCAACCUUCUCGACGUCCAGCCUGUGGUUGAACACGAAGGAGAGGACUCGAGCCAAGUCCCAUUCGGCGCCGACUACCGCUCGAACGCCACGAUGCUCAUGCUCGCGCGCAAUAGCGAUCUCAUGGGCGUGCUGCAGAGCGUGCGAGAGGCAGAGGACCGCUUCAACAGGAACUACAAGUACCCAUGGGUCUUCUUGAACGAGGAAGACUUCACGGACGAGUUCAAGAUCCGCGUUGCCAACUUGGUCUCUGGCGAGGUAUACUUCGGCACUAUCCCAAGCGAGCAUUGGUAUCAGCCGGAUUGGAUCGAUGAAGAGCGCGCGAAGGCGGGUCGCGAUGAACUAGUAGCGAAUCAGGUUAUUUACGGCGGCAGCGUCUCGUACCGCAACAUGUGCCGUUUCAACUCCGGCUUCUUCUACCAUCACGAGCUUUUGCAACAGUUCAAGUGGUACUGGCGCGUCGAACCUGACGUGCACUUCUACUGCGAUAUCACCUUCGACCCAUUCGUCUACAUGGAGGAGAACGACAAGAAAUAUGCCUUCACCCUCACGAUGCUCGAGUUCGGCCAGACGAUCCCGACGCUCUGGGAGACCACAGUCGACUUCAUAGCGAAGAACCCGCAAUACCUCGCGGAGCGCAACUCGCUCGACUACCUCAGCGACGACGGCGGCCAGACGUACAACCGCUGCCACUUCUGGUCCAACUUCGAGAUCGCGGACCUCGACUUUUGGCGCGGGGAGGCGUACAGCGCGUACUUUGACCACCUCGACCGCGCGGGCGGGUUCUACUACGAGCGCUGGGGCGACGCGCCGGUGCACUCUAUCGCUGCGGCGCUGUUGUUGCCGAAGGAGCAAAUCCACUUCUUCCGCGAGAUUGGGUACUUCCAUUUCCCCAACAUCCAUUGUCCGGCGGAGUACGAUAUCUGGCGCGCGGGGCACUGCAGUUGCAACCCGGGCGAAAGCUUUGACUACACCGGUGACUCCUGCAUGCGCCAGUGGGAGCGAGUCAACCCAUUGGCCUGA